GCAACACCGUUUGAGUGUUGUAGGCAGGCGUCCACUUGUCCUUGAGAAUGUCGAGGCAGAUGCGGCCGGAGAAGUCGACGUUGGGGUGGUAAAUGGGGGUGAUAAAAAGUACGGUGGGUGGCGUGUAUGGAUAGUUGGCAGGGAACUCGAAGCUGAGCUUGAGGUUGAGGCCCGCAUAUGGUGUGUCUUCGGGACCUUCAAUGGUAGCGCGCCAGAAGAGCAGGUUGCCGUCGGCCGAGGGGAACGCGGAGAUGCCAGGGGCAGGUGAGGUCAUCAUUUGCAUAAGCUCGUUCUGCAGUCUUCGGGCCCAUGUUGUCAGCCAUGAUGAGUCUUCCACCACACCGCCCACGCGACGCUCACCUCUUCGUCGCAUUCUCGUUGACCUUCUUGCUUGUAGUAGCACCGGUGGCGGCCUUGCUGGCUGGGAGGCUUCCAGGGGCUGAGUUCUGGGUGUCAUCCAUGUAAGACAUGAUGUCGACAAAGACGGGCGUAAGAGUAAAGAAUGUCUUCGGCGUAUGCUGCGACAGGAUCCAGGUUAAUAUACCCAAGCGGGUCGAUGCAGAAGAGGCUGGUCUGGAAGAGAGGUCGAUUGCGUACCUGCAACAGCGGGGGCGUCAGCUUCGUAGGAAUUGGAGGGCUUAUGAUGUCAAAUGGUGUGCAAGAGGUUGGUGUUUGCUUUCAGGAAAGAGAUGGAAGGCGCCUCGGGAGUUUUGGCGGAGCGGCGUCUGAGGGUCAUAGAGCCCGAGAGGAAUGUUUACAAGAAAGACCCAACUUUGCCUGCCCCCACCAGCCCGCUAGGUAACAAGCUGGAGACUCUCUAGCAACCACUGCCGGCCAAGAGCGGCCUGGUCCGGGCGCAACCCUUGUGCCAUAGCCAAUCAGAGCGUGCCUUUGGCUGCUGUGCCCAGACAAAACAUUUUGCCCGCUCCACUCUUUUGAGCGCAUCAAGAUACAAAUACACUUUACACGGGUACGCGAACUUUAUAAGACGCGUCAUAUUUCAUCCAAACAGCACUCAGAAAAUGUCACAAUUAGACCCGCUUCCAAACGAUUUGCCCUUCCGCAUCAUCUCCAAGACGAUAGGAAGGGGCGCAUAUGCAUCCAUCAAAAAGGCGAUUCCUCUGGAUGCACCAACACCAGUCUUUGCUGUCAAGCUGAUCCACAAGGGUUACGCUGUCAAGCAUGGGCGGAUAUCAGCCAAGCAAAUCGCCAUGGAGGUGUCAUUGCACUCUCACAUCGGCCAGCACCCCAACAUCAUCGAGUGGUUCGCUACUGGCGAAGAUGCCGUCUGGAGAUGGAUCGCCAUGGAGUUUGCCGAAGGAGGUGAUCUUUUUGACAAGAUCGAGGCGGACGUCGGCGUUCAGGAAGACAUUGCGCAUCUGUAUUUCUUGCAACUAAUCGCUGGUGUCAGCUUCAUGCACUCCAAGGGGGUAGCCCACCGGGACCUCAAACCCGAGAACAUUCUUUUGUCAGACACAGGCAACCUCAAGAUUGCCGACUUUGGCAUGUCGACCAUGUUUGAGUACAAGGGAGUCCGGAAGCAGACGGCCACCAUGUGCGGUAGCCCCCCAUACAUCGCCCCUGAGGUACUGCAGUGUGCCAGGCCAGAUAAGAGGUCGCCUGACCAGCAGAAAUACUCGGCGGAUCUGGUCGACAUCUGGUCUUGUGGCGUCAUUUUGUUUGUGCUUUUGGUGGGCAACACACCAUGGGACGAGCCAACAACUGGAAGUUGGGAGUUUCAAGAGUACGUACGGACGCAUGGGCGGAGUACAGAUCAGCUAUGGCAGAGGAUUCCCCCCAACACAUUAUCCCUCCUCCGAGGCAUGAUGAACAUUGAACCUCAGAGACGAUUUAGCUUCGCUCAAAUUCGCCAGCACCCAUGGUACACCCGUCACAACCCCCUCCUCGCCGCCGACGGCAAGGUGUCAGAUCCUCUGGCUCUGGCCACCAAAAUGCUGGCCGCCCUACGCAUUGAUCUCAGCGCAGAGCCAACCCCCUCCCAGCGUGCUUCCCAACCAGAAGCAAUGGACCUCGAUUCCCAGCCCUCCAGCUCGUGGACUACCAAACUCCCAGCCACCCAACCCGAAACUCCCAUCACAGAUGCAGCCUUCGAUUGGGAACGGCCAACCCUCCGAACACUGGGUACUCACGCCAUCAUCUCCUCGACCCAACCGUUGGCUCCCCGCGAUGCUGCUUCCAUCCUUCCUCCGCCAUCAAGCCGGCAUCCCAACCGAAACCUGGCCCUGGCCGCCCUCUCCGCUCUGUCGGAUGAUCCGUCCAUGAGCCAGUUCUCGCAGAUCCCAGGCAUCCCAUUGUCCUUGACCCAGCACGCCCGCCAGUUCAGGGACAUCAUCCCCUCAUACUCGCUGACAAGAUUCUUCUCGCACAUGCCGCCGGUGCUGCUCGUGCAGAUGCUCAGCGACGCGCUUCACCAGCUCAACGUGCCGCAACCGGCUCAAAUCGGUGGUAGUGUCAACCCGGAGUCGGACCACGUGGCGACGCUAAAGGUGAAGACGGUGGACGGGAGAAACCAGAGCCUGCACGGGGAGGUGCUGGUAGACAAGUACAGGCUGAUGACGAGCAUGUCUGACGAGGAGGGCCAGGAGGUGGUGCUGCACGAGGUUAGGUUUGUCAAGGUGAAGGGUGACCCGCUAGAGUGGCGGAGGUUUUUCAAGAAGGUGGCGCUGCUGUGCAAGGAGGGGGUUUGGAGUGGGGAUGGGGGGAGUUCACAGUAAUGGAUAACCGUGUUUGUUCCUUUGAAUUUGGGGUGGUUUUGGGAAUUGUGUUGUUGCUGAUGUGAUUUGCGGAUUACAGGAAAUGGCGAUGGGAUGGUAGGGUGGGAUGACUUUUUCUUCUUUUUUUAAUGAACGGUGGGAUGACGAUCAUUUAUGUAGCUUGGAGGAUUGGGAUGGCUGAUAUAUAAGAGACAGACAGGGCUGGGUCGGGGUGCUGAGUGUGUUUUGUUAAGUCAGCAUUUUUUUUUGUCUGUGAGCAUGGCAUAUAAUUGCAGCAUAGCAUGAGCACGAAGCAUUGCAGGGUUGUAUUAAACAGACGUGGCAUUUAGUUUUGGUAU